AUGCUAAAUGGGUAUGGAGAUGCAUUUAAUUAUUGCAAUAGCUCGUUAUAUGAUGUUAUAGAUUGCCAGAAAGCCAAAAUAGACAAUUUUCAAGUCGAAAUGGUUUUUUUGCUAUUUUUAGGAAUUCUUGUGCUAGGCAUCUGCGUUGGAAUAAUUACUCCGUUUUGCUAUUCCACUAUCAAAAUUGAGAAUAAUUUUUGGAAUAAAAUAAGACAAAAUGCCAGUGAUCAUUAUUUUGAGCUGACCCAAUCAAGCCUUGAAAGGCUAGUUAGAGUGCAUAAUCAACCAGAAAUAGAACUAAACAGUAAAAGCCCGUCAAAAACGUCGUUUGAUUUCCGAAAUUAUUGAAAAUAUAUUUGGAGAGUUUUGCUAUAUUUUUUCGUUGUAUUAGCGUUUUCUUUGAUAUAGCCCAGGAACCUGUUUAGAUGGUCUGGUCUGGGAGAAUACUGCGCAGCUCUACGAGUUGGUUCUCCAGUUCAAGCUAACGAAUCAACUUGGGGAUCUAUCAAAUUCCUAGCACCAGGCUUAAUUAUCAACUCCCCUAAUUGGUUCGUCAGCUUGAAAUGAAGAACCAAUUCGGGGAGUUGCACAUCAUUCUCUCAGCCCAGAACUAUCUAACAGAUUCCCAGGUAUAAAUAUUUUAUAUCUGUAUCAACAAUGUGUUGAUUACUUGUCUUAUAGGCCUGAAAUUAUAAGGGAAUUAAUACAAUCUCGGAUUUUAUACAGCAGCUUAGGUGUCUGAACAAGCGAAGUGGCAAUAAAAAAUAUAUAUGUUUCAGAUGAAGAUAAAAUAAAGUAUUCGCUUCCAUUUAAAAAUGACAAAAUAUGAAUGGAGGAAACUAUAAAUAAAAUCAAGCAUGCAGGGUUACAACUAAGAAAAUCUAAAUAUUCUAGCAUUUUAUCAGAGGAAAUUAAAAAAACUCUAUAUGAAUAUGCAGAUAACUCGAUUUAUAAAGAACUUGCAUAUGGAAUUUAUUCUGCUGGGGAAAUGUCAAUAAUGGAUAAUAAUUUUGUUUCUUAUGGUGGUAAAAAUAUAGAAUUGUGAUUGCAUCAGAUGAUUCUCAUUAAUGAAUUAAACAUUAACUACGAUGAGCUGGUUACUGAAGCUGAUCAUUAUUCUGAAUCCGUAGUUAAUAGGCAAAUCACCAUCAUAGUUUGAGUUUUAACAAUUUUUAUAGUGAUUUCCUUCCUAAUGUAUUUUGGAUUAUAUCUGAGAUUUUUCAAUGAAGAAAAAAAGUCCUUAAGCAAAAUGCACACAAUUAUGGAAAUAAUGCCAUAA